CGGAAGUCUCCACCAGGGAGCGUCUGCAAAAAGAGUCCGUGAAGAAUCAAAACAAACCUGCCACAGCGAAACGCCCGAGGAAGGCUAGACUGUUUUAAAGCUUGACGUUGUUGUUUCUCUUUCCGGCUGAAGUGUCGACAGGCCUUUGGUCCCGAGAAGAGAACUUGGAAAUGUCCAACAUGGAGAAGCAUUUGUUCAACCUAAAGUUUGCUGCCAAAGAGCUACAGCGCAACUCCAAGAGAUGUGACAAGGAGGAAAAAGCAGAGAAGGCCAAAGUAAAGAAGGCUAUUCAGAAGGGCAAUAUGGAGGUGGCGAGAAUCCAUGCAGAGAACGCCAUCCGGCAGAAGAAUCAGUCCAUUAACUUCUUGAGGAUGAGUGCCCGUGUAGAUGCUGUGGCUGCCAGAGUCCAGACGGCUGUCACCGUGAACCAGGUCACCAAGUCUAUGACGGGGGUGGUGAAGUCUAUGGACGCUACGCUGAAGAGCAUGAACCUGGAGAAGAUCUCUGGUCUAAUGGACAAGUUUGAGAGCCAGUUUGAGACCAUGGACGUGCAGACGGCACACAUGGAGGAGACAAUGGGUAACACCACCACUCUGACCACACCCCAGAACGAGGUGGACACACUGAUGCAUAAAAUGGCGGAUGAAGCAGGACUGGAUCUGAACAUGGAGCUUCCUCAAAGCCAAACCGGUUCGGUGGCUUCAACGGUGGCAUCAUCUGAACAGGAUGAGCUUUCUCAGCGGCUGGCCAAGCUCCGUGACCAGGUGUAGCGCGCUGGAGAGGGCAAGAGAGGAGGUGGAGGAGGAGGAGGAGGAGGAGAUGAAGAUACAAAUAAAACGCAGGCAGUGAUGUUUCUUCCAUCAUUGGAUCUUCCUCUUCUGUCUUUUUAUUUUCGUUACAUUUCUUCUUCUUUCUCUGGUCAGGGCUCUGCAGCCCUGGAGACGGGUGCAGAUUGGGUUAUACAGGGAAAAACAGCUCAGAUGGUUAUUGUCCGAAACCGCCUACCUCCUUGCAUCGCUGUCCUUUUGUUUUGUAUGUGAUAUGCCCACGCAUCGUUAUGAACACUGCUCAUGAAUAACCAUGUAUAGUAUUUAAAGGGACAACCUGUUGUUUCCUCAUUUUGAGUGAUCCCAUGGGACUCUUAACUGUUUACAAGAAAUACUGUUAAAAAAUACAGCCUAACAUUUCGAAUUGUUAAAAAUCCUAUAUUUUGAUAUUUUCCUAAACGGUUUGCAAUUGAAGACAUGCUUAUUUGCAUUACAAACAUUGCUCUAUGCAUGACUGAAUGUGAAUGUUGCAGGAGUUUUGGGGUCAUUUUUGGGUUAUCAUGUAAUCCCCUGGUAUGACCACUGAUUCGGUCCUUGUAAGGAUUCACUGGACUCAUUAUUUCCACUUUGUCUUUGCAAUUGAGCUCUUUGUGCGUUGGAGGUGUGUGCUGUGGUCUGUUGUGCUAUGAUUAACCCUUACUGUAUUUAAUUUAUUACAAGCACUGGUAUGAAGAUGCUACCCGGUUCCUUAUUUAUUUAUCUAUUUAAUUAAGUUAAUCUCCAGCUUUAAUAUGCUGUACUUACUGUACAUAUAUUAUUAAAACAUUUCUAAUGCGA